AUGCCCCGAGUAUCAACUUUCUUUCGUCACGCCAGCACCUUCGACAUCUCAACAGACCUUAAAAAGGCCAAGCGACGCUCCUCGAGCACCAAACGGCCUGCUUAUUCCGACAGAACACCCUCAUCAUCUGGUUCUUCCCUCGCAUCUGACGACCGCAGCAUCAAGAUGCCCGAUUCGCACAAGAGACUGUCCCUCGUAGGGCUGCAUUCCCCAAAGUCCUCCUCCAACAAAAUCCCCCAAACUGCAACUCUCGAUGUUACGAUCGAAUCUCCGCCUCUAGUAUUUUUCGGGACAGCAGCCUCGAGUUCUGGCGCAUUGCUCUCGGGCCAACUUGUGCUCAAUAUCCACGAAGAUUUCAUGGCCAUUGACUCGUUCAAGAUGAGGUUAGCUUUGGAAGUAACAAGAAAGAAGCCCUUCCACGCUCAUUGCCAGGAGUGCUCCAAGCAAUGUACGGAUUUGACCACUUGGAAUUUUCUACCAGGCCCAGCAACCUUACAGCGAGGCGAACACAACUUCCCAUUCAGCUUCCUUCUCCCUGGCCACCUUCCUGCGACAAUGAAGGGAGGUCUUUCUGCGAUCGAUUAUGUUCUGCGAGCAGUAGUUACACCCAAGCUCGGCGAGCCCAUUAAGCUGGCGCAGACUCUCGACAUCAAGCGCGCGAUUUACCCCUCCGAUCAGCCCCGCCAUUCGAUCCGCAUUUUCCCUCCCACGAAUCUCACAGCGAAUUGCGAGCUGCCAGCCGUCAUCCACCCAAUCGGCGCAACCAAUAUUUCUAUGAGGAUAGACGGGGUUGUCAAGCGAAACACAGAGACGAAGACACAGACACAGUGGAAGUUGAAGCGGUUAACAUGGAGAUUGGACGAGACACAAAAGACGAUCUCGCCAGCAUGUGCGAAGCACGCUGCGAAGUUGGGCAAUGUUGAUGAUGCCAAGAAGGGAAUGGCACACCAGGAUGUGCGCACAGUUGGCACAGAUGAGAUGAAGUCGGGGUGGAAGGCGGACUACAAUUCUCCUGAUGGAAUGAUUGAGCUGGAAUUCCCGUUCGGCAUCCGAUCUGAUUCUAGGCCAAUCUGCGAUAUGAAGUCCGAGGACGGAACUGAGGUCUCGCAUGUCUUGAUUGUUGAGAUGAUUGUUGCAGAGGAAUUUGCCCCCAUCAAAAAGCCGACUCAAGUCACACCAACGGGUGCUGCGAGAGUUUUGAGAAUGCAUUUCAACAUUACGGUCACCGAACGACCGGGUAUGGGUAUUUCCUGGGAUGAGGAGCAGCCACCUCUUUAUGAGAAUGUUCCGGCCAGCCCCCCAGCAUACCUCACUGGAAACUCGGAAUUGUACGAGGGCGACCCCAUCCCAGAUUACGAGGAUCUGACUCCUCUCGACGAGGCAGAGAGCCCCAUGCCAGCACCUGUUCCAGAUCAUCGAACAAACGGCGAAGGCUCUUCCACCAGAGUUCUCAAUAUCGAGGACUUGAUUCUGGAACCCUGA